UAAGCAUAUCAACCUCUGUAUAGUUGUCAAAACGAGGGAGCUGCGGAGUAACUUCACAGUGUUGCUUAAUGACGCAACUCUAUGCUCUCGAGAGCUAGAUUUAAAACUUAGGCUUUGUACAAUGCAGAAUUGUAAAAUGGUUUUUUGCAAGAGAAGUGCCUCGCUCUAUAGGACAUCUUACCUCAAAGCACUUAGCCCCACUUUUCGCUUUGGAGCCCAUAUGUCAACAAGCUAUAUGUAACUUUGGAUGGGAUUGGAUUGAAUUUGAUUGCCAGAAGGGGCAAACACCACACAAGGUUUCUGUUUUUCGAGUCGCUCCUGAGCUCUUGAGCCAAGUGCUCGGCCAUGGCUGAUAAGAGUUAUCCUUACGGCUAUCCUCCUCAAGGUUACUAUCCACAGCCACCUCCAGUGGCUCCUCCUCCGCAGUAUUAUGGCCCUUCUCAUAGAGACCAAGGCUUUCUAGAAGGCUGAGACUAAAUUUGCUGGGACAAAUUUGCAGCUUGGCUGCCCUUUGCUGCUGCUGGUUACUGGAUGUUUGCUGCUGCUGCGGCCCACACAUGCUCAUUGGAUGCUGAUGAUUCCCAAUAGUAUAUUUGAAGCUCCACAUCUGGAGUUUAUAUGGAGUUUUAGUAAUUUCUUGGCUAUGGUAGCGUUGGAUCUUGCUGCGCUGCAAAAUCAUAUACAUAUGCACCAAUUAUUUCUUAUUUUUCGGUAAAUUACGCAGAUUUUCUGUGCAGACUUUGGAACCUAUAUAUGAUUGUGCUACUGCUCGAAUGUGCUUGGCCCUCUGGAGAGGAAAGCUAAGGUUUUUGCUCCACUCACAACAAAACGGUCACAAUGGCUGGUCAACGUUUGGUGAACGUUGCGGAAUAUUCGAUCGAUGAUCAUGUAAAGGUAAAAGGUAAAAAACCGUUGACCCGGUACAAACUUGCGAGAGAAGCUUCAAGCUUGCCCUAAAAGGGUAAAAGGCAGGAAAAAUUUUAGAAAAUGCCGGGCAAUGGGCUCCGUGAUGCCGCGGCGGGAGGAAUUCUCGCUUGCCAGGGAGUGCAAUGCAACUGCAGCCAGAGCGAUGGCCUCGAGAUCCUCUUCCGCGAGAUCCUCAGCCUCCACAGCUACUGGAGCAGCUUCUUCGGCGCCGAGCUCGACGCUCCGCGGGUAAGGGUUUUUCUCCCCCAGCUGGUUGGAGCCGUGGAAUCGGCAGCGCGGCUGGUCCGGAGCUACUCCAGCGGGCCAUGGCUGCUCUCGUCGCUGCGCAAGCUUGAGAAUCGAGAUGGGUUCUUGCGCGCCGCGGAGAUUGUGUGGAGGUAUGUGGAAAUCGUGCAGCGGCAGCUCGGAAGCCUGGAUUUGACGAUUGAGAAGAGGCGGAUUUUGGCGAGGCUGGAAGAGAAAGUUGGGAUUGAAAAGAAGGUAUUGAGAUGCUUGCUGGAAGAGGCGGCUGGCACCGAUAGAAUGGAACUCAAGUUCAAGGUGGAGGCCGAGAGAAGCUCGCGCAUGCACAACUUAAAGCUGUUUGUUCAAGGGGGUAGGAAGAUCAUGCUCGACGCUCUCUCGCAGAAGCUGGAUUCCACCGAGAGAAUCUAUUUCAUCGAUCCAAGGUCGCUGCUCUUGAGUGGAAUCGUGUUGGGUGACGCGAAUUCUCUCGUGCAAAAAGGAAACUGGCUGGGACAGGCAGUGGCAGUGAAGAAGUGUGGCGAUGGUUUUCGCUACUGCAGAGAGGCCGGGGUCUUCCAGCACUUCCAGCCGUCCCACCCGAACGUGAUACAAGUCUUGGGAGAGUCCGAGGUUCCGGAAACAAAGGAGAAACUCCUCGUCAUGGAGGAGAAGGACAGCGAUCUAAAGAGAUACUUUCACUCUUCCGGCCCGAUCACGCAACUUCAAGCGGUGGACUUUCUGAUCCAGAUCGCUGGUGCGAUGGUUUACCUGCACGGCAAAGACGUUUGCUACCGAGACCUCAAGCUCGAGAACAUCAUGAUCGACGUCAAGUAUCUGGAGCUCACUUUGGCGGACUUUGGCCACUCAAAACCACGCUUUGAUCCUCUGGGAGACAACACUUGUCCCGUUGGAACUGUCAGCUACAUGGCCCCGGAAGUUCUCGCUGGGAUAACCUCCGGCCAGGAUCCCGGCUAUGGCUUCAGCGUGGACGUCUUCAGCUUUGGGAUCGCUUGCUCCGAGAUUGUGUCUGGACAGCCUCUGGAGCUGACGGUCCCUCUAACAAGGGAGGAACGAAUCGAGCGAUUGCGGCGUGGAGAGAGACCUUCGCUUCCAGAGUCUUGCCACCAGAAGCUCAAGCAGCUCAUCACGCAGUGCUGGGAUUUUUCGCCGAAGAACCGACCGACUUUCGAGGUGAUCUACGAGAAACUCUGGGAGAUCAAAGAAGAGCUCUUGGCCGGAAGCCCCGCUAGCACGGACCCGGGAGAAGCUUCGCCGGCGUCUGAGAUCCAAGCCGCUGGGAUCCAAAACUUGGCAAUCACUGGAGCAAACACGGUGGGAAGCAAAUCGACAGCAACUUGGCAGUACGUGAACGAGACGAGCUUCUGCGUGGUUGGGUGGCAAAGAUACAGGGAUCUAGAGUCCGAGGAGCCCCAGCUAUCCUGGAAACUCUCGCUCACGUCAGGGACUUCGAGCGAUUACACCAUCACUCCCGACGAUCUCGACCGGCACAUUGGCGUGAUUUGCUUGCCGCUGGCUCUGGUCGAUGGGAAGAUCGUGCCAAGGCAACAGGCUCGCUUCACUCACGGAGCUCUCGUCUCGCAAGAUCUGGCGAUGGCGAGGGAGAUGGAGAGGCACUUGAGGAAGGAACACGUUGCUUUCGACAUCACCGUCGACCGCCGGAAGAUCAAGCUCAACCUCUGCCACACCGACUACCAUCUCGUGUGGCAUAUGGGAAGCACCAAGAACUUCCGCGGCCAGUUUGUUCGUGGAGACGUGAGCGUCGAGGUGGUGGGCGAUUGCUCCAUGGUGAUCUCCAAGGCCAGCCAGAGCCAGAGAAGCACGAUCGACUUCAAGGAUUCUUACAGGAGGAACUUAGCAGUGCUUCUGAUUCGCCAUUUUUUGGAAUCCAGUCCUUCCCAAAAUGGAUUGGACCACAUUCCAACCCGGAAGACUUGGUAGGAUAGAAACUAUAUCGAUGUAAAUGAUCUUUAUAUUGGAUGUAAAAUUCAUGCGAUGACAAUGACAAUAGAAAGAACAAAAUGACAA